GCGCCUAAACAGAAGAAGAGGAAGAAGUGGCAGCUCAGCUCAGCUCAGCUCAGCUCAGCCAGUGCCGCUGCCUGCUGCAGAGGACGCAGACGCCGAUUAUUGGAGCCGCUGACGGCUGGAUCUGUCUCUGCUUCUGGGGAACAAGUCUGCCACAGUCAUGCUGGCUGUUCCAGUUGGAGGAAAGCUGAUCGCCUGAGCUUGAGGUGCUCUCUUACUGGUGUCAAACAUGUCGGAUAAAAUGUCCAGCUUCUUGCACAUUGGGGACAUCUGCUCCCUGUACGCAGAAGGAUCCACCAAUGGUUUCAUCAGUACCCUGGGCUUGGUGGAUGACCGCUGCGUUGUCCAGCCUGAUGCAGGAGACCUCAACAAUCCCCCGAAGAAGUUCAGGGACUGUCUGUUUAAGCUUUGCCCCAUGAACCGCUACUCGGCCCAGAAGCAGUUCUGGAAAGCAGCAAAGCCUGGCGGGAACACGGACACAGUGCUGCUCAACAAGCUUCAUCAUGCUGCUGACCUGGAGAAGAAACAAAACGAUUCUGAAAACAAAAAGCUCCUGGGAACAGUGAUACAGUAUGGAAAUGUCAUUCAGCUGCUUCACCUGAAGAGCAACAAAUACCUGACGGUAAACAAACGGCUGCCAGCUCUGUUGGAGAAAAACGCCAUGAGGGUGAUGUUGGACACUGCAGGAAAUGAAGGCUCCUGGUUCUAUAUUCAGCCCUUCUACAAACUACGCUCUAUUGGGGACAGUGUGGUGAUUGGUGACAAAGUGGUCCUCAACCCAGUAAAUGCUGGUCAGCCACUACAUGCUAGCACACAUCAGCUUGUGGAUAACCCAGGAUGCAAUGAGGUAAACUCCGUCAACUGUAACACCAGCUGGAAGAUUGUCCUGUUUAUGAAAUGGAGUGACAACCAGGAGUGCGUCUUGAAAGGAGGUGACGUUGUACGGCUUUUCCAUGCAGAGCAGGAGAAGUUUCUCACAUGCGAUGAUCACAGAAAAAGGCAAUAUGUAUUCCUUCGCACUACUGGACGUCAGUCUGCCACGUCGGCCACCAGCAGCAAAGCCCUCUGGGAGAUCGAGGUGGUACAGCAUGAUCCGUGUCGAGGCGGGGCGGGCUACUGGAACAGUCUCUUCAGGUUCAAACACCUGGCUACUGGACACUACUUGGCUGCAGAGGUUAACCCAGAGUAUGAAGAUGAAGGCAUCGAUUUUGGCUCUCCGCUUGACUCAGAGCAGCAUGCCCUGAGAUCCCGUUUGAAAAAUGUCCAAGAUAAGGUCAUGUACACACUUAUAUCUGUUCCUGAUGGAAAUGACAUCUCCUCCAUAUUCGAAUUGGACCCGACCACCUUAAGGGGGGGAGACUCUCUUGUGCCCAGAAACUCAUAUGUGCGGCUUCGACAUCUCUGCACCAAUACGUGGGUUCACAGCACCAACCAACCGAUAGACAAGGAAGAAGAAAAACCUGUCAUGCUGCGGAUCGGCACAUCUGCACAUAAGGAGGACAAAGAGGCGUUCGCCAUCGUGCCCGUCUCCCCGGCCGAAGUUAGGGACCUGGAUUUUGCUAACGAUGCCAGUAAAGUUCUGGCCUCUAUUGCCGGAAAGCUGGAAAAAGGCACUAUCACCCAGAAUGAGAGGAGAGCGGUAACAAAGCUUCUGGAGGAUUUGGUGUUCUUUGUUGUGGACAUUCCCAACAAUGGACAGGAUGUUCUGGAAAUAAUGGUGAACAAACCCAACAGGGAGCGACAGAAACUCAUGAGAGAGCAGAAUAUUCUCAAACAGAUCUUCAAACUGCUACAGGCUCCGUUCACAGACAGCGGGGAUGGGCCAAUGCUGCGUUUGGACGAGUUGGCAGACCAGCGUCAUGCCCCCUUCAGACACAUCUGCCGCCUGUGUUACAGGGUCCUGCGUCACUCUCAGCAGGAUUACCGCAAGAAUCAGGAGUACAUCGCCAAACAGUUUCGCUUCAUGCAGAAACAGAUUGGCUACGAUGUCCUGGCCGAGGACACCAUCACGGCUUUGCUCCAUAACAACAGAAAACUGCUGGAGAAGCACAUUACUGCUGCAGAGAUCGACACAUUUGUUAGCCUGGUUCGCAAGAACCGGGAGCCCAGGUUCUUGGACUACUUGUCAGAUCUGUGUGUGUCGAUGAAUAAGUCUAUCCCUGUGACACAAGAGCUCAUCUGCACUGCAGUGUUGGACCCGGCAAAUGCAGACAUCCUCAUAGAAACAAAAUUGGUGCUCUCAAGGUUUGAGAUUGAGGGAGAGCAGCUUGGGGAGAACUCUCUGGAAGCAGAGGAGGAUGAGGAGGAAGUGUGGUUGUUCUGGAAUAACAGUGAUAAAGAACUCCGCAGUAAAAGCAUCAGGGAGCUUGCUCAGGAUGCCAAAGAGGGCCAGAAGGAGGACAAAGAAGUGAUCAAUUACUACAGGUACCAGCUGAACCUGUUUGCCAGGAUGUGUUUGGAUCGUCAGUAUCUGGCAAUCAACAAGAUCUCCAUCCAGCUGGAUGUAGACCUGAUCUUGAGAUGCAUGUCGGACGAAGACCUGCCUUUUGACCUACGCGCUUCAUUCUGUCGGCUGAUGCUACACAUGCAUGUGGAUCGGGACCCCCAGGAACAAGUCACGCCAGUCAAAUACGCUCGGCUUUGGUCUGAGAUCCCAUCGGAAAUCUCCAUUAACGACUAUGACAACGAUGGGAUGACCAAGGAUAAAAUAAAGGAGCGAUUCUCGGAGACAAUGGAGUUUGUUGAAAACUACCUCAGAGACGUGGUGUGUCAGAACUUUCCAUUUGCAGACAAGGAAAAGAACAAGCUCACCUCUGAGGUGGUGAAUCUGGCCAGGAAUCUGAUUUAUUUCGGCUUCUACAACUUCAGUGACCUGCUCAGACUAACUAAGAUCCUGCUGGCUAUUCUGGAUUGUGUCCAUGUUAGCACCAUUUUCCCAUUCACCAAGCUGGACAAAGGAGAUGGAAGCAGAAGCAGCAAUGUAAUGAGGUCUAUUCAUGGCGUUGGAGAGCUGAUGUCCCAAGUAGUCCUGAGAGGAGGCGGGUUCCUUCCUAUAGAUCCAAGCAGCCGUUCGGACGGAGGCACAGUGAAGACACAGAUUGAACCUGAGAAACAGGACAUACUGGUCAUGGACACUAAACUCAAGAUUAUAGAGAUCCUGCAGUUUAUCCUGAAUGUCCGUCUGGACUACAGGAUCUCCUGUCUUCUGUCAAUCUUCAAGAGGGAGUUUGAUGAGAGUAAUUCCCAGAACGAGUUAUCUAUAAGUGGAGCAGUAGAAGGGCCAAACAAUAUGCCAGGAGCUUUGGAUUUUGAGCACAUAGAGGAGCAAGCAGAGGCCAUCUUUGGUGGAAGUGAGGAUAACACACCUCUCGACUUGGAUGAUCAUGGUGGUCGAACCUUCCUGAGGGUCUUGCUGCACUUAACCAUGCAUGAGUACCCUCCGCUGGUAUCCAGAGCCCUGCACCUGCUCUUCAGGCAUUUCAGCCAAAGGCAGGAGGUCCUACAGGCCUUCAAACAGGUGCAGUUGCUGGUGACAAGCCAAGAUGUGGACAAUUACAAGCAGAUAAAGGAGGACUUGGAUAAGUUGCGGUCUAUAGUUGAGAAAUCUGAGCUGUGGGUGUACAAGAGGCAGGGACCCGAUGAGGGCUUGGAUGGAGGAGAGGGGCUGCCAGCUGAGCAGGAACUUCAAAAGGAUGACUCCUCCACACACAAACCAAGGAAGGCAGAAAGUUCCAGCAGCAAAAACUACAGAGUGAUAAAAGAGGUCUUGCUGCGUCUGAGCAGAUUGUGUAUCCAAGAAGGUUUGUCUGGUCGAAAGAGCCGAAAACAGCAGCAGAGGCUCCUGAGAAACAUGGGCGCUCAUUCCGUGGUCCUUGAGCUGCUGCAGAUACCUUAUGAAAAGGGAGAGGAUGUACGCAUGCAGGACAAUAUGAAACUAGCCCACGAGUUUCUACAGAACUUCUGUGCAGGAAACCAGCAAAACCAGGCUCUGCUCCAUAAACACAUCAAUCUUUUCCUCAAUCCAGGGAUAUUAGAAGCCGUCACCAUGCAGCACAUUUUUAUGAACAACUUCCAGCUGUGCAGCGAGAUCAAUGAGCGCGUGGUCCAGCACUUCGUCCAUUGCAUUGAAACCCACGGCCGCAACGUCCAGUACCUCAAAUUCUUACAGACCAUUGUCAAGGCUGAGAACAAAUUCAUCAAAAAGUGUCAGGACAUCGUAAUGGCAGAGCUGGUAAAUGCUGGAGAAGACGUUCUGGUCUUCUACAAUGAUCGAGCCUCUUUCCAGACUCUGGUCCAGAUGAUGCGGUCAGAGCGGGAUAGGAUGGAUGAGAACAGCCCACUUAGGUACCACAUACACCUGGUGGAGCUGCUUGCUGUCUGCACUGAGGGCAAGAAUGUUUACACUGAGAUCAAGUGCAACUCCCUCUUACCACUGGAUGAUAUAGUGCGGGUGGUCACCCAUGAAGACUGCAUCCCUGAGAUCAAGAUUGCAUACAUCAACUUUUUAAACCACUGCUAUGUGGACACUGAGGUGGAAAUGAAGGAGAUCUACACCUCCAACCACAUGUGGAAACUCUUUGAUAACUUUCUGGUUGACAUUUGCAGAGUGUGCAACAACACAAGUGACCGUAAGCAUGCAGACAAUGUUCUGGAAAGCUACGUGACUGAAACGGUGAUGAGCAUUGUAACCACGUUUUUCAGCUCCCCUUUCUCCGACCAGAGCACAAGCCUGCAGGAUAAACGUCUGAGGAAAAAUUUGCAGACCAGGCAACCUGUUUUUGUGCAGCUGCUGCAGGCAGUUUUCAGGGUCUACCAUUGCUACUGGCUUGGGUCUGGCCAGAAGGGUUCUGUUGAAACCUGCAUCAAAGUGCUCUCUGAUGUUGCCAAAAGCAGAGCAAUAGCCAUCCCGGUGGACCUGGACAACCAGGUGAACAACCUGUUUGUGAGAUCCAACAACAUAGUGCAGAGGACCGCCAUAAGCUGGAGGCUGUCCGUUCGCAACUCACAGCUUUCAACUCGCAGAGAAUCUGUGGUGACUGUGUCGAGGGACUACAGGAAUAUUAUCGAAAGGCUGCAGGACAUUGUGUCAGCUCUUGAGGAUCGUCUGCGCCCACUGGUCCAGGCUGAGCUAUCCGUCCUGGUGGAUGUGCUGCAUCGACCUGAGCUGCUUUUCCCAGAGAACACUGACUCACGCAGGAAGUGUGAGAGCGGGGGGUUCAUAUGCAAGCUGAUCAAGCAUACCAAACAGUUGCUGGAGGAAAAUGAAGAGAAAUUGUGCAUCAAAGUUCUGCAAACACUUCGAGAGAUGAUGACAAAGGACAGAGGUUAUGGAGAGAAGCUCAGGGCCUUUGAUGAUGAAAUGGAAAUGCCUAAGAAGCUGGAUCAGAACGUGCCUGCGAAACUGUUGGCAGACCAGAGAAGGGGCGAGGCGCUCAGACGGAUUCUGGUGAGCCGUUACUAUGGAAACUUCCACAGGAGCGGUGGGCGGAGGGACAGCCUGACGUCAUUUGGCAAUGGCCCCCUCAGUCCGGUAGGACCGGGCAGAAGCCAAUCAGCUUUAGGGGGCUCAGGCGGCCUCAGUCGGGCGGAGAUGACCCUGGCUGAAGUUCAGUGUCAUUUGGACAAAGAAGGAGCUUCUGAUCUCGUUAUUGAUCUAAUUAUGAACACUACCAGUGACAGAGUCUUCCAAGAAAGCAUCCACUUGGCCAUUGCAUUGCUGGAAGGAGGAAACACAACCAUCCAGCGCUCAUUCUUUUGUCGUCUGACUGAUGACAAAAAAUCAGAGGAGUUCUUCCGAGUUUUCUACAACCGUAUGAAGUCGGCUCAGCAGGAAAUCAAAGCAACAGUGACCGUAAACACCAGCGAUUUAGGAAACAAAAGAAGAGACGAUGACAGCCAGGACAGAGAUGUCCCCACUCGCAAAAAAGCUCGAGAUUCAACUGUAGCGAUGACAGAAGAUGUGAAAGAGCAGUUAAUAGAGGCUUCAUCUGCAACCAAGAAAGCCUUCAAUUCUUACAGACGAGAAGCUGACCCAGAGGACCAUGGCUCCUCAGCAGAUGGCCUGCCCAGCACUGGGGCCAACAAUCAUGAGGAAAAGAUGAGCUUUGUGGUUGUUAUCAUGCAGCCCAUUCUUCGCUUCUUGCAGCUACUGUGUGAGAACCACAACCGUGACCUGCAGAACUUCCUUCGUUGUCAGAACAAAAAGAACAACUACAACCUGGUAUGUGAGACCUUGCAAUUCUUGGACUGCAUCUGCGGCAGCACCACAGGAGGCCUCGGCCUGCUGGGGCUGUACAUCAACAAGGACAACGUUGCCCUCAUCAACCAGACACUGGAGAGCCUAACAGAGUACUGCCAAGGCCCCUGUCAUGAAAACCAGAAUUGUAUAGCAACACAUGAGUCCAAUGGCAUCGACAUCAUUAUUGCACUAAUUUUGAAUGACAUCAACCCGCUUGGAAAAAAACGUAUGGAUCUAGUGUUAGAGCUAAAGAACAAUGCCUCCAAGUUGCUGCUCGCCAUCAUGGAGAGCCGACAUGACAGUGAGAAUGCAGAAAGGAUCCUGUACAACAUGAAGCCUAAAGAGCUGGUGGAGGUAAUAAAGAAGGCAUACCUACAAGGUGAGGUAGAGUUUGUGGACAUAAAGGAGGAAGAGGAUGCUAGAGAUGAAGAGGAACACGAUGCUGCUUCUCCCCGAAAUGUUGGACACAACAUCUACAUUCUGGCUCACCAGUUGGCGCGUCAUAAUAAAGAACUCUCCAUGAUGUUAAAGCCUGGAGGUGCCAGCGGAGACGGCGACGAGGCGUUGGAGUUUUACGCCAAGCACACUGCUCAGAUAGAGAUUGUGCGUCAGGAUCGCACCAUGGAGGAGAUAGUGUUUCCCGUACCCAACAUCUGUGAGUUCCUGACCUCAGAGUCCAAGUUGCGAGUCUACUACACCACUGAGAGAGACGAACAGGGGAGCAAAAUAAAUGACUUCUUCCUGCGAGCGGAGGACCUCUUUAAUGAGAUGAACUGGCAAAAGAAGCUCAGAGCUGAACCAGUGCUAUACUGGUGCUCCAGAAACAUGUCCGUGUGGAGCAGCAUCUCCUUUAAACUGGCCUUGCUCAUGAAUCUGCUGGUCUGCUUCUUUUACCCCCUGGAGGGGGUACAUGCAGGAAUGCUGGAGCCCCGUUUGUCUGCACUGCUGUGGAUGGGAUUGUUUGCUGCACUGGUACUUGUUGUGCUCAUGCCACAGCCGCUGGGUAUCCUUGCCCUGGUCGCAGUCACAAUUCUCCGUCUGAUCUUCUCUGUGGGCCUGGAGCCUACACUCUUCCUCCUAGGUGCCUUUAAUGUUGGUAAUAAAAUCAUCUUCCUGAUUAGUUUUGUUGGAAACCGAGGGACUUUCACACGAGGAUAUAAAGCCAUGGUUAUGGACUUUGAGUUCCUCUAUCAUCUCAUCUACCUCAUCAUCUGUUGCCUGGGCGUGUUUGGUCAUGUCUUUUUCUACAGCUUGUUGUUGUUUGAUUUGGUGUACAGAGAAGAGACCCUGCUGAACGUGAUCAAGAGUGUGACCCGUAACGGGCGCUCCAUCGUGUUGACAGCAGUGCUUGCUCUCAUUCUGGUCUACCUGUUCUCCAUCGUCGGCUACAUCUUCUUCAAAGACGAUUUUAUCUUAGAGGUGGAUCGCAUCGCCAACGAAAGCCAAAAUGGUGGAGGCAGUCUUGCCGGAGAGUUUCUAAGCACAGGAAUGUGUCAAGGAGGUAUUGAUGAGAACUGCAGCUCCAAUGCUCUACAGGAAGAGUUUGGGAUCAACAACGAAGAUGAAGGCAACAUGGAGCGUACGUGUGACUCUCUGCUCAUGUGUAUUGUUACGGUGCUGAGUCAUGGCUUGAGGAGCGGAGGGGGUGUGGGGGACGUUCUCCGUAAGCCUUCUAAGGAGGAGCCAUUGUUUGCAGCCAGGGUGAUUUACGACCUGCUCUUCUUCUUCAUGGUCAUCAUCAUUGUCCUUAACCUCAUCUUUGGUGUCAUCAUUGAUACCUUUGCUGACCUGAGAAGCGAAAAGCAGAAGAAAGAAGAGAUUCUGAAGACUACGUGCUUCAUUUGUGGUCUGGAGCGCGAUAAGUUUGACAAUAAGACAGUGACUUUUGAAGAGCACAUCAAAGAGGAGCACAACAUGUGGCAUUACCUGUAUUUCAUAGUUUUGGUAAAGGUGAAAGAUUCAACAGAAUACACAGGACCUGAGAGCUACGUGGCAGAGAUGAUCAAGGAGCACAACCUAGACUGGUUUCCUCGGAUGAGGGCCAUGUCUCUGGUAAGCAGUGAUUCAGAGGGGGAGCAGAAUGAAAUCAGGAGCCUGCAGGAGAAGCUGGAGUCAACAAUGAGGCUGGUGGUCAACCUGUCUGGACAGCUGACAGAGCUUAAGGAGCAGAUGACUGAGCAGAGGAAGCAGAAACAACGAAUAGGUCUUCUGGGUCAUCCCCCACAUCUGAACAUUAAUCCCCAGCAGCCUGCAUGAUUUCCCUGGAGGACAGUUCAACUUUCACCAGUGCCCCAGUUACCCACAACAGAGCACUAUAAUGUGCCCAAAUGUAUUCAGGCUGGAUGUCUGACUGUACGGUCGACCUGAUCCUUCUGAAAUAUGCUCUUCAGCAGACAUGUUUGUACAUAUGUGUCUACAUGAAGUGAAAGUUUUAACCCUCUGCAGUGUGGGUGUGUCUAGGUGGGUUAAGUUUGCACAAAGUGCCUGGAAACCUUAGAAGUCAGUCUUGUCAGUCAAGGAAAUGAACACAUUGACUUAAGGGUCAGGAACCCAACUGUUUUCAGCUUUUUUUUUUGUUUCCCUUCAGAAAGCCAAAGUUCAGCCAUUGUUGCUGAAGGAGAUUUUCUCCUCAAGUGUCCUUUUGUCAUGGGUGGAAUCCCCAGUGUGGGACUGCAAACUCAGGCCACAUGUCGAUUUGAAGGUUUGUUUCAGCAUGUUAUUUAAUAACGGUUUCAUCUGAGCUUAUAGAAAUGUUAUAUGCAAUGUUGAAACAAGGAUGAAAUGUGUUGAUGUUUUUGUUUUUUAGUUUUUAAAGAGUGUGUUUUAUAUUUAGCACAUAAAGACAAAAAAAAAAAACCUUGAAGAGAACCAGAUCUCAAAGUACCCCUUAAUAUGUUGUCUUAAUUAUCUAAUAAAAAAACAUAUAGUUUUUGUUUUUAUAUCAAGUAUUUAUCAAUUCCAGAAGUCUUUAAAGGAUCUCUCAGUGAGGUCUAUUUUGUCCUAGGAGAGUUCAUACAAAAACUGAAAGAUUUCUUAGAAGCUGUUAGUAAAGAUGACAUGUCUUAAAAAUAAUCCUAAGCAUUUACUUUGAAGGAUGUGUUGUAUAAAUUCACUGGAGGGUCAAUGCAAGUCCUUCCAAAUAUCUCUAUUUUGUUAUUAUUAAUAGGGGCUUAAAAUCAAUUAAACACAAACUUUAUUGUGUCUACACUGAAUUAAGUAUGGGUUUUUUAAUAUUUAGUCCAAAGCACUGAUACUGUCUGUAGCACACAACUACUUUGUAAAACAUCAUCAUGAGAAUGCCUUUUGAAGUGUUUAAGAGUAUGAGGUCACUUGGCAUGCUGCUUGACCAAACUAAGCUUUUCUACUAUUUGACAAUUUGUGUCUGAUUUGUACAUUCUUUUCUUGGAGUUUAUUUAAAUAAAGACGUGUGUAAAAUACCCCGUUUGCUACGUUCCAUGUUUAAAUCAGCAGA